UGGAGAUCGAUGGCCGCAGUUUUCCCGACGCCCCUUUGCAUGUGACAUCAGCAGUGUCCCGGCGACCGGAGGAUUUCGGCCGCCGAGCCACGUGACCAGCUGUCCCAGAAUUUCGAGAUCCGCGAUAGCUUCACGCGCGACAGCGACGCAGGUCCCAACCAACCAACCCGAUCCGAUCCACGACGAGGACCGUGCCACACCGUCAAGAUGGUCGGUUCAAUACUGCGCAACCUCUUCUCCCCGCCGACGCGGCGUCUCGCGCCGACAAUCACAUCCGCCCUCCCCAGGACCAUCGUCAAUCCGUCGCCGCAGCGCUCCUUUUCGACGACAUCCCCCGUCUCCGCCACCCUCAACCAGGUCCUCCGCGGCUGUCGCAAGGGCAAGAAGGCGCGCCACGCCACGUCGCCUGCACUGGCGGCCUCGCAGAGCCCCGCGAUGAAGGGUGUCUGUCUACGUGUCGGUGUCGUCCGUCCCAAGAAGCCCAACUCGGGCGAGCGCAAGAUUGCGCGUGUCAAGCUCAGUUCCGGGACGCACAUUUCGGCGUACAUCCCCGGUGAGGGUCACAACAUCCAGCAGCACAGCGUCGUGUUGGUGAGAGGCGGGCGGUCACAGGAUUGUCCUGGUGUGCGGUACCAUCUGGUCCGUGGAGCGAUGGAUCUGGGCGGUAUUGCGAACCGUGUGUCGUCGAGGAGUAAAUACGGAUCAAAGAAGCCCAAGAAGGCGACGGUUGGUUAAGGCACGAGGGGAGCGAGCAUAUGACGGAGCGUGUAUCUCUACUGUACAAAUAAAACAUUCAAGGCACACACAGACAGCAAAGAAGCCGUGGAU